AUGACAACUACAAGUAAAAACAUCGAAUCAAUUGUUAAACAAUGGAGUUCAUUUGAUUUGAAAUCAAUUCAGCAUGAUUUAGACGUGACAACAACUGAAAUAGUCAGUUGUGCUGAUGAAAGUGAUCAAUCAAGAAGAAAAUUGGUUGAAUUAAGUCGAGAUUUUAAGAAAAAUACGAAUGAGGAUGUAUGCAAAGCCAUUACACCUAUAUUAAAAUCGUUCCAGAUCGAAAUAGAUAGUUUAUCAAAACGAAGCAAAGUAACUAAACAAACUUUCUUAGAAAUUUAUCAACAUUUAAGUGAAUUACCAGAUCCGGUGCCAAAUCGUGAAUAUAUUCAAACAUUACAGAGACGAUUUGAGAAAGUGUUUGAUUUAGAAGUGCAAAAUCAAAAUUUAAGAGAAAUAUUAAACGAAUUAGCUCAUAUUUGGAAGAAAAAAACAGAAGUAAUCAUACAGCAAAAUAUUAAAGAAAGAAAAGACUUCCAACAUAUCUUCGCUGAUAAAGAACAUCAAUUUGAUCUUAUUACAAAAUAUGCACAAAUAGAAAUGCAUCAAUCAGUAUUAGAUCCUUUACAUCAAGAUAUGUUUGAAUAUAAAAUAAAACAAGACGAUACAAAUAAUUUAUGUUCAUCAGAUAGUCAUAUGUGUAAUCAAGAUUUAGAACAAAUGAAUAAGCGAACAUCAAAUACAGAACGAUUUGUUGAUAAACUACGUGAAGAUUUUGAACAAAAGCGAUCAACAAAUAAUAAAUCUAAUGAUGAAUUGAUUUCACAAGAAGAAAUAGAGCGGAAAUUAUGUGAAAAACUUGAGCUUGAAUUAGCAGCUAAAGAACGUCAAAUAGUUACACUUGUUGAUGAAACACAAAAAUUACAAUCGACAUUGAUUAAAAUAAAAGAAACAUCAUUUACACAGAUUUCUGGUCUUGAAAAUGUCUUAAGUGAAAAAGAAAAGUUAAUCGCACAACUAGAAAAUAAAUUACAAAGUCAAGCCGAUUACGGAGAAAUCAAACGAGAAUUGACUCUUUUAAAAUCAAUCGAACUUUCUACAAUAAAUCGUUCUUCGAAUGAUGAUCAAACUGGAAAUCUAUCAAAAAAAUCUUUCGAUGUACAAGAUGAACAAACACAAAUCAAAAUGUCACAAAUUAAUUCAGAAAGUAAGUUCAAAACUAAUAAGGAAUUUUUGGGUGUUGUUUAUAUGCAUGUUACAGCAACUUAUUUAUUCAUUCUAGGUAAUACUAAUCAUCAUCAACUUCAACAUUCAUGUCGUCAUUGUACUUCUCCAUGUUUGCACCGAUCAAAUGUUCCAUAUUUACCUGCACCAUCUUUUCUUUCAUCAUCAGCUUCUUCAUCAUCAAAUUCAUCUUCUUCUCCUUCAUCACCUUCUCAGAUUUAUUUAAAACCUUAUCAACAGUCAACAACAAAUUGUAAUGGCAUUGAUGAUAUGACACGAACAUUGAAUGAAUCAUCGAAAAAAAUUAUUCCAUCUAUACCAACAUCACUUUCAAUUAUAACAACAAAAGAUAAUCUUCAAUUGUGCAAUACUCUUUCAAAUUCAACAAAUACAAAAUAUCCAUCAUUGACAACAUCAUGUUCAACAAUGGUUACUCCAACUGCUUCACUUCUUUCAUCAGUUACAACAACAACAUUAACGCCGUCCAAUCUCUUUCCAGGUCAUCAACUUUCAUCCGUCCAAUGUACAAAACUUCAUUGUCCACCAACAUCAUCAUGGAGUCCACCAUUAUCGUCAUCGUCAGGUGUAUCAAGUAUAGCUACAACAUCAACAGAUAAUCGAACAGUAAUUAAAUCAUCUAAACAAACAUCACCUAAACCAUCACCAUCACCAACAAUUCUUGUUCCAUCAACAUGUACAUCAGUAACAACAAAUGUAAAUACCAGUAUACUUGAACCACUUGAUACAACAUAUGUUGCUAAUGUUGUACGAAAACUUCUUGCACAACAUAAUAUAGGUCAACGUAUAUUUGCACGUUAUAUAUUAAGUUUAUCUCAAGGUACCGUUAGUGAAUUAUUAUCAAAACCAAAAUGUUGGUCAAAAUUAACUGAAAAAGGUAAAGAAAGUUAUAGAAAAAUGUGGUGUUGGGCCAAUUCCGAAGAAAGUAUUUUAACAUUAAAAAGUAUUAGUCCACGCAAAGGUAUGAAUAAUCGUUCAAAAGAUAAUCCAUAUCCAGCUAUAAGUACAAAACAUACUGAUCCAGCAACACAUCAAAAAAUUGUUCAGAUUUUAGCUGAUGCUCAAAAACAACAAAUGGCAGCCGCCGUUGCCGCCGCCGCAGCAGCAGCAGCUAAUAUAGAUCAAAAAUUAUCUUUAUCUCCAUGUAGUUCCUUACAUAAAGAAACAUCAAAUAUUAAUCUAUCAUCAGAUCCACUUGAAUCAAAAACUUCGUCAUCAUCAUCAUCAGCAAGUUCAUCACCAGUAAAUUCUCCUUUAAAUGAAUCACCACCAUCUGAUCAACAAACAUUUUUACUUCCUGUUCCACCACCUCCACUUCCAUCAAUAACAACAACAACAUCAAAUACAGCUGCAUCUUUAUCUAUGUUAUCAGCAUUUGUACCAUCAUUAUUAAUGCGUACAGCAAAUAGUUUUCAUAAUGAAACAACAACAACAUCAGCAACAACAACAAAUAAUCUUCUUGAUUGUUCAUCAUCAUCACCAUUUAAUUUACUUCGUCAUCAACCAGAUAAUUAUCGUAAUUGGCUUAUGUUACAAGAAAUUGUUCGUAAUAAUGAUUUAUUUAAACAAUUUCAACCAACAUUGCCAACAUCAAUUGAUACAGAUGAUGAAAGUGAACAAGAUAAUGAUGAUAAUAAUAAUGAUAAUGAUGAAAAUGAUGACGACGAUGAUGAUGAUGAUGAUGAUGAUGAUAAUAAUAAUAAUAUUGAUGAUGAAAAUCCAAUAAGUUCAGAUGAAAUUCCACUUGAUUUAAGUAUGAAAAUUGAUUCAAAUCAUCAUGAUAUUGGACGAACAUCAAUUAAAAUAUCAAAUAAUAAACAACAAUUAUCAACAAAACAUACUAAAACAGCUUUAACACCAUUACGUGAACAAGAUACAUCAAAAUAUCGUUAUAUAAAUACAAUGGAAUUAGUUCAAACAGUUAAAGAUAUUCUAAGUCGUUAUAGUAUAUCACAACGACAUUUUGGAGAAAAAAUUCUUGGAUUAUCUCAGGGAAGUGUUAGUGAUAUUCUUGCUCGACCAAAACAAUGGGAAUUAUUAACACAAAAAGGUCGUGAACCAUUUCUUCGUAUGCGUAUUUUUCUUGAUGAUCCAAAUGCAAUAAAACAACUUGUGCAAACUGUUACAACAACACCAACAUCAACAUCAACAACAACACCAACAAAUUCAAUAUUAUUACCAACAUUUUGUCCACCACCAUCAUCAUCAUCAUCAUCAACAACAACAAUAGCAACACCAUCACUUUUAUCAAAUACAGUAUUGAAUGGUUAUCAUUCAAAUAAAUUAUUAACACGUGACAAUUCAAUAGAUUCACAAUCGAAUAUUUUAUUAAAUGAUUCAUCACAAUUAUUAAUAAAUGAAACAAUACAAUUACCAUUAUCAUCAACAUCAUCAUCAUCACCAUCAAAUGGAAUAAUAACAAAUUCAAAUAAAUCGAAAUCUCGUUCAAAAAGUUCAAAAACAAAUAAUGAUAAAUCAUCACCAUCAUCAUCAUCAAAUCAUUCAAGACAUUCGUCAACAAAUCCACUUAUGGCACCAUAUGAAUUACCUAAAAUAUCAUUACCUAGUACAAUCGAUACUGAACAAUUAAGUUCACAAGUGCGUGAACUUCUUUUUGCUUAUAGUAUUGGACAACGUGUAUUUGGUGAAGCUGUACUUAAUCUAUCUCAAGGAACUGUUAGUGAAAUAUUAUCAAAGCCUCGUCCUUGGCAUUCAUUAAGUGUUAAAGGUCGUGAACCAUAUAUGCGUAUGUAUACAUGGUAUAAUGAUACAGGCAAUGUACAAAAACUACUUGCAUGGAAACGAGAACGUGAUGCUUUACGACGUUCUCGUCCUCCAGCGACAACAACAGAUAAUAAUAAUGGUGAUUUAGAAAGUGGAAAUAAUAAUUCAACCAUGAAAAAAUCAUCAUCAUCAUCAACAACAAAUAAUAAUAAUAAUAAUAAUAAUAAUAAUAAUAAUCCAAAACGUCGAUAUUUAUUUACUGAUGAUCAACGUCGUGUAUUAAAACAAAUAUUUGAAAAUGAACCAUAUCCAAGUCAAUCAACAUUAGAACAACUUGUGGGUGAAUUAUCAUUACCAAUGAAUAAAAUAGCUAAUUGGUUUCAUAAUUCACGUAUGAGAGCUAAAACAAAUAUACGUUCAUCAAGUCCAAUAAAUAAAAUUUCAACAUCAUCACUUAAUAAUAAUAAUGAUGAUUUAAUAAAUACACAAAGUGAUGAUGAAGAUGAUUUAGAUGAUAAUAAUAAUAAUAAUAAUAAUAACAAUGAUGAUGACGACGAUGAUGAUGAUUAUCCUAUUUUACCAACAAUUGUACCUUUAACUAGUUCAUGGCUUAAUGGUACAAAUGAUUCGAACAGUUCAACAAGUCCAAUUGGUUUAUCAGCAACAUCAACAAAUAUUGUUUCAUUAAUUGAUGAUCAAAAAAUAAUGCCUAUAUCAUCAAGUUCAAGUAGUAAAAAACGUAAAUCAGUUCCACAAAAAAUUGUCACUACGAAUAAUAAUAAUAAUAAUAAUCUAUCAAAAAAAUUUCAUAAUGAAUCAACAAUACUUGAAAAUGACAGUAAUGAUGAAACAAAUCAAAAAACAAAUCUAAUUGAUAUUCUUACAUAA